AUGGCAGAUGCGCUGGGGGCUGCUAAGCCGUGCCUUCGUCAGAUCCUCGAGCAGAUGAUGCAAUCGGUCGCCUCAACCAAAGUCCAGGCAGCAUGGGGAGUGGCCACAGCUGCACUACUGUACCUGAACCUGAAGAGGAUCCCUUUUGUUUGGCAUUUUCGUGUGUUCAGCCACAUUUGGUGGCCCAAGAAUGGGCUUUUCGAGCACAAACCUGGAGCUAUCUUCCAGCCGGUAGUCACACCUUCUCGGGUUGUUCUGCUGGAGACCGACUACAAUUUGCACAAGUCAAAUAGCACCUACUUCUCUGAUCUUGAUGUUGCUAGGACGGACCUUCUCGCCGCCCUGAGAGCUCAAGCAAUUGACGGCGGUCUGUACAAGGAUUACAAGAGAGGUGUUCAAGUUCUGCUCGCAGGCACCUCCUGCACCUUCAAGAAGGAAAUCAAGCCUGGUGCUGCCUUUAACAUGCAAAGCAGAGUCCUCACCUGGGAUAAGAAGUGGCUGUACAUUGUAACCCAUUUUGUCGAGAAGCGGAAAGGGAGCAAGUCGCCCACCUACCAACCAUGGAAGGAAGUAGAUGAAGGCAAGACUGACCAGUCAUCGCCUCUUGUCUAUGCGACAGCAAUCUCGAAAUGCGUUGUCAAAGCCGGUCGUCUCACUGUGCCACCGCAGAAGUUCUUCCAGGCGGCAGGAGUUCUUCCUUCGGAGGACCAACCUGAAGGAUCCAUUGCAGACGUCACGCCAGAUGCAAAUGACUUCGGAGGGUGGACUUGGGAAAAGGUUGAGGAAGAGCGUCUGGAGGCAUUGAAAAUUGCUGAUGGUUUUGCCGGUGGUCUAGAUGCGGCGCACGAGAAAGCCAAUUUGUUGGUUUGA